AUGGCUCCAGGAUGCACGAUAAUGCUGGCCAUCGAAUACGAACGGGAGAAAUGCCUGGAAUACUCGGAGUUGGAGAACCAGACCGCAGGUUGCCGGAGCAUGUUCGACAACAUCACUUGCUGGCCGGCAGCGAGCGAGGGUGAAAUUAAAGUGGUGCCCUGCCCAAACUACUUCAAUUUCUUUUCGGCUGUUCAGGGUAACGUGAGUAGGAACUGUACAAGCGAUGGUUGGUCCGAGCUGCAGCCUGCUCCAUACUUAAUCGCUUGCGGGUACGAUCCCAACAGCACGUCCCCAGCCGAGACUGUCUUCUAUGACUCUGUGAAGACCGGCUACACCAUCGGGCACAGUUUAUCUCUCGUCACUCUCACGCUGGGCCUCAUCGUCCUGUGCAUUUUCAGGAAACUGCACUGCACCCGGAACUACAUCCACAUGCACCUCUUCAUGUCCUUCAUCAUGAGAGCCAUCGCCGUCUUCGUCAAGGACGUCAUCCUCUUCGAGAGCGGGGAGUCUGACCACUGCCACGUGAGCACGGUCGGCUGCAAGGCGGCCAUGGUCUUCUUCCAAUACUGCAUCAUGGCCAACUUUUUUUGGCUCCUGGUCGAAGGCUUGUACCUUCACAACCUGCUGGUCAUCUCCUUCUUUUCGGAGAAGAAGUACUUCUGGUGGUACAUCCUGAUUGGCUGGGGGGCACCAACAUUGUUUACCAGCGCUUGGGCGAUCACAAAGGUUCACUUUGAUGAUAUCGGUUGCUGGGACUUAAUUGAACAUCAUUACUGGUGGAUCAUCAAGGCUCCCAUCCUGCUGUCUAUAUUGGCCAAUUUCAUCCUCUUCAUUUGCAUUAUCCGAAUCCUUGUGCAGAAACUUCACUCUCCUGAUGUCGGCCGAAACGAAACAAGCCAGUAUUCGAGACUGGCCAAAUCCACCCUCCUCCUGAUCCCUCUCUUUGGCAUCCAUUACAUCAUCUUUGCCUUCUUCCCCGAUACCGCCCAGAAGGAGAUACGGGGGGUCAAGUUGGUCUUUGAACUGGUGCUGGGUUCCUUCCAGGGCUUCGUGGUGGCUAUCCUCUAUUGCUUCCUCAACGGAGAGGUUCAAGCUGAAGUCAAACGCAAGUGGCGCAGGUGGCACAUGGAGCGGUUUCUGGGCUCCGAUAUGAAAUACCACCACCCGUCCUUGGGAAGCAACGGCACCAAUUUCAGCACCCAGAUCUCCAUGCUAACCAAGUGCAGUCCAAAAACGCGCCGAUGUUCCAGCUUCCAAGCGGACUUGUCCCUAGUCUGA